GCAAUGCCGGGCCUGCCGCCUCGCCUCGCUGAGCCUCAGUUUGCUGGCCUGUGAAGUGGGCGUGGUCACGUAAGGGCUUCCGGGAGCGCCCCGUCGCCGUCGAACUCAGUGCCCGGAGCCGCUGCGCCUUUCAGGCCGCUCUUCAACGACUUUGGGCCGCCCUCCAUGGGCUAUGUGCAGGCGAUGAAGCCACCCGUCGCCCAGGGCUCCCAGAGCACGUACACGGACCUGCUGUCGGUCAUCGAGGACAUGGGCAAAGAGAUCCGGCCCACCUACGCCGGCAGCAAAAGCGCCAUGGAGCGCCUGAAGAGAGGCAUCAUCCAUGCCCGGGCCCUAGUCCGAGAAUGCCUGGCAGAGACAGAGCGGAACGCCCGCACGUAACAGGAAGCGCCGCGGCCGCAGCGUCUGGACCUUUCUUGGCCGCUGCAGAGCGCCUGCUCCUCCUGGGCCUUCCUCCCGAGUUGCGCUGCCACCCGCGGCUUCCUGGCCCGUGCUCCUCGGUGGGCGCCCUGCGGGAAC